CUCAUCCGCUCUAAACAACCUCAUCAAAACUUCUUUCUGGUCAGAGCGAAGCAAUAAUUAUUAUUAACAAUUAUUAGCGAUCAAUAAUCUUAAUCACAUUAUGGCAAGCACUAUUAAGGAAGCUUUAUCAGUAGUAAGUGAAGACCAGUCCUUGUUUGAGUGUGCCUACGGAACACAACACCUUACUAAGACAGAGAUGACUGCCUCCUCUUCCAGCGAAUAUGGGCAGACAUCAAAGAUGAGUCCGCGUGUCCCCCAGCAAGACUGGUUAUCACAACCACCAGCUAGAGUCACCAUCAAGAUGGAAUGUAACCCAAAUCAGAUUAAUGGGUCAAGGAAUUCCCCUGAUGACUGCAGUGUCGCAAAAGGAGGGAAGAUGGUCAGUGGCUCAGACAAUGUCGGGAUGAACUAUGGAAGCUAUAUGGAAGAGAAACAUGUUCCACCACCAAACAUGACAACUAAUGAACGAAGAGUGAUUGUUCCAGCAGAUCCUACAUUAUGGAGUACUGACCAUGUACGUCAGUGGUUGGAAUGGGCCGUGAAGGAAUAUGGACUUCCAGACGUUGACAUCUUGUUGUUCCAGAACAUUGAUGGGAAGGAACUGUGUAAAAUGACCAAAGAUGACUUCCAGAGACUCACCCCAAGCUAUAAUGCAGAUAUCCUCCUCUCACACCUACACUACCUCAGAGAGACUCCUCUUCCACAUUUGACUUCAGAUGAUGUUGAUAAGGCCUUACAAAACUCUCCACGGUUAAUGCAUGCUAGAAACACAGGGGGUGCAGCUUUUAUUUUCCCAAAUACUUCAGUUUAUCCGGAAGCGACACAAAGAAUUACAACCAGGCCAGAUUUAUCAUAUGAACAAGCCAGAAGGUCAGCAUGGACAAGUCAUAAUCACCCUGCUCCUCAAUCAAAAGCUACCCAACCAUCAUCAUCAACAGUGCCCAAAACAGAAGACCAGCGACCUCAGUUAGAUCCAUAUCAGAUUCUUGGACCAACCAGCAGCCGUCUUGCAAAUCCAGGGAGUGGACAGAUACAACUGUGGCAGUUUCUGCUGGAACUCCUGUCUGAUAGCUCCAAUUCCAAUUGCAUUACCUGGGAGGGCACCAAUGGAGAGUUCAAGAUGACUGAUCCUGAUGAAGUAGCCCGGCGCUGGGGAGAAAGGAAAAGCAAACCCAACAUGAACUAUGACAAACUCAGUCGUGCACUCCGUUACUACUAUGACAAAAAUAUUAUGACUAAAGUCCAUGGUAAGCGUUACGCCUACAAGUUUGACUUCCAUGGAAUAGCUCAGGCCCUCCAGCCUCAUCCUCCAGAGUCAUCCAUGUAUAAGUAUCCAACAGAUCUACCCUACAUGAGCCCCUACCAUGCACACCCUCAGAAGAUGAACUUUGUAGCUCCCCAUCCUCCUGCUCUACCUGUAACUUCCUCCAGCUUUUUUGCUGCCCCUACUACAUACUGGAAUUCACCAACUGGAAGUAUCUACCCUAAUACUAGACUUCCAGCCACCCAUAUGCCUUCUCACCUUGGCACCUACUACUAAGUAGGAAAAAAAUAAGAGACACUUCUCCUUGGAAUAUAGUACCCAAUUAAUUAUGAUGAACUAUACCAGAGAACAUGAAUUAAAAAUGCCUAAAGAGACAUGAAAAAGUUUAACUUGUGGGAAAAUGUCAAAAAGACUCUUUGUAGUAGGGAAAGUAUUCAAGACUUAUAAAGAUGCUAAAAUGUAAUGUAUAUGGGCAUCAAAUCUGAGGACCAAACAACAAAAGACUGUUGUAGGUAAAAGCAUGAAAUGAUAAGGACAACCUACAAAGGAAAGUGGUCUUAAAAAGUUGAUAAGCUUCUGUGCAAAGUUUGAUAUCUUGCUAAUGCAAACUGGGACUAUACUACAGCAAUAUAAGGAUCAUUCUAUAGUGACCUAACAUACCGUAUAUGAAUUUAUUAAAAACAAAAAACAAAAAAAAAC